AUGUCUUCGAGUUCUUCCACGGCUCUCCUAAUCUUCAUAAGCUUCAUCCUCCAGAUUUCGGCCACCACCACCGCCAUCGGUGUGAACUAUGGUACGUUGGGAAACAACCUUCCGCCACCAGCUCAAGUGGCUGACUUUCUAGCAACAAAAACACAUAUUGAUCGCAUUAAAAUCUUUGAUACAAACCCUGAAAUUCUUCGUGCCUUUGCCAACACUAACAUUUCUGUGACUGUGACCGCGGGCAACGGUGAUAUUCCUGCUCUUACUAAGCUCUAUGCUGCUCGCCAGUGGGUUACUGCAAACAUAGCUCCCUAUUAUCCACAAACAAAGAUUAUUCGUGUUGUUGUUGGUAAUGAAAUCCUGCAAAGUGCCGUUAAGGAUUGGAUUUAUAAUCUUGUUCCAGCCAUGAAAACUCUUAACCAGGCUUUGGUCGAUGCUGGGUUCAAAGAUAUUAAGGUUUCAACACCGCACACUCUAGGCUUUCUCGAGGCGUCUGAGACACCAAGUGAAGGAAAGUUCAGAGUUGGCUACGAUAAACAAAUAAUAGCGCCAAUGCUUCAAUUCUUACGUGAAACCAAGUCAGAUUUUAUGAUUAACCCAUACCCUUAUUUCAGUUACUCACCAAUAAUGGAAAAUUACGUGGUAUUCAAAGCCAACCAAGGAGUGUAUGACAAGAACACUCGCAUCACAUACUUUAACAUGUUUGAUGCCCAAAUGGACGCUGUCUAUUCCGCCAUGAAAAAGCUUGGUUAUGGUGACGUGCCCGUUGUGGUGGCUGAGACUGGUUGGCCCUCGGCUGGAGACCCGGAUCAGCCAGCUUGCACUUUGGAAAAUGCACGCUCAUUUAAUUGGCACUUAGUUAGGCAAGUUAAGGCCAGGAGAGGAACACCUUUGAUGCCCAACCGCCGAUUCGAGACUUAUAUUUUUGCCCUCUUUAAUGAGAAUCUCAAGCCGGGUCCUACAGCUGAGAGGAAUUUUGGGUUGUUUAAUCCAGAUUUCACCCCAGUUUAUGAUGCUGGUAUUGUGAAGGCUACAAAAACGCCAUCAACACCGAUAGCAGGCAAGAAAUAUUGUGUAGCAAAAGCAGAAGCUGAUGAUAAAGCCUUGCAAUCAAACAUAGAUUAUGUGUGCAGCAAGGGCGUAGACUGCAAGCCCAUUCAAGUUGGUGGAGCUUGUUUCGAUCCCAACACUGUGCGAUCUCACGCAGCCUUUGCAAUGAACUCUUACUACAAUGUUUUUGGACGCAAUGAUUUUGACUGCGGUUUUGCUGGAACGGGUAUCAUUACCUCUCAAAAUCCAAUAUCAUCAAUAACAACAUCAAGAAUAAGAAUAAUGGCCAUGGCAAGCACCACCAAUGUCUUCCUUGUCAGCAUCUUGGUCCUCAACUUGUUGACCGUCACCACUUCUCAGCAGGCAGAAAAGAAAUUUUGUGUGCCAAAACCAUACGCCAAUGAUCAAGCCUUGCAAGCCAAUAUCGACUAUGCUUGCGGUAGCCCAGGUGUGGAUUGCAAGCCAAUUCAAGCUGGUGGAGAUUGCUUUGAACCCAAUAAUUUGAAAUCUCACGCAGCUUUCGCCAUGCUGCUUACUACAACGCAAUGGCCGCGCUGA